AUGGAAGACAUAGAAAAACGCAGACGCGUCCUUAUCCGGAGGAACAACUUUUACGGAAAGCUGCUUCUCAGCUUCAUCCUUGUUGGGGGUCUGCUGAUGUACUUGGGUUACGCGGCUACUGACGUCUGCUCCGGUGUGUUGCGGCACCUCGACGGCUUGCUGGAGGUUAUUUACGAGGUGCUGCCGGAGAAUUUUCCCGAUCCUGAAACAGCUCACGACUUCGUGAUGUGGCUUGCAGCCCGAGGGAUGCUCCCUCAAGAUCUUGAGAGGGAUGAUCCGGCGCUAAGUGUCUCCAUCAAAGGCCUCACAUUUCCCUCAGCCGUCGGCCUCGCUGCCGGAUUCGAUAAACAUGCAGAGGCGCCUUUAGGCUUCUGCAAGAUGGGGUUCGGCUUUGUGGAGGUUGGCUCGAUUACGCCAAAGCCUCAGCCUGGCAAUCCGACUCCGAGGAUCUUUCGCUUGGCGCAGGAUCGUGCGAUUAUUAACCGUUGCGGAUUCAACAGCAAAGGCCUCGACUUUGCAGAACCCCGCCUUGCAGAGACGGCGAAGGAGCGAUGGCAUGACAGGCUUGCGAGGAGAUGCGUUCUUGGCGUCAAUUUAGGGAAAAAUAAGGAUUCUUCGAGUGCGGAGGAAGACAUCCGAGAGGGAAUCUCUCGCGUCGCUCGUUUUGCCGAUUAUCUCGUGAUCAAUCUCAGUUCUCCCAACACGAGGGGCCUUCGAGCGCUGCAGCAGAAGGAGCACCUGGAGAGCAUUAUAACGACUGCACAAGAGGAGCUUGGGAAGCUGGAGCGACAGAAUGCGCAGCAGACCGCUUCCCUCCUGAGCCGCCAUCAGAAAGGCGAAGACGCAGAGAGUGAUGAAGAAGCAGUCGGCCAGCAGGAAGAUCCGACGCAAAAAGCGCAUGCGUUUUUCCCAACGCAGACGGGUAAAGCGCCUCUUCUCUUUGUCAAGAUCGCGCCCGACUUGACGGACGAAGAAAAGCGAGACAUUGCCCACGUAGCCUUAAAGACAGGCUUGGACGGGCUGAUCGUUUCGAAUACCACCGUGCAGCGACCUGCCUCCCUGAAAAGCUCAAGCAAAGGCGAGCAAGGGGGUCUUAGUGGACGUCCUCUGAAAGCCAUUGCCACGAAAUGCGUUUCGGAUCUCUACAAGCUCACAAACGGCAAAGUUGCAAUCAUAGCUAGUGGGGGAAUCGAGACUGGUCUUGACGCCUUUCAGCAAAUUAAGGCAGGAGCAAGCGCCGUCGAGGUGUACAGCGCCAUGAUAUACAGAGGGCCAAUUGUAGCACGUCGCAUCAAGGAUGAGCUCCUCAACAUCUUGAACCAAGCAGGCAUCUACAAUGUGCAAGACGCCAUCGGACUUGACCAUCGGCCGCUCAAAAGGAAGGCCGUUAAGAAGCCCACCUUCGAUUAA